CUCGUUUAUAUUUUCGUCAGUAUAAAAGUAUAUUUCUUGCAGUGCACACGUAACAGAUCGUGCUUCGCAUUCGUGCAAUCUUAUUCGCAACCAAUUGUUCGCGCAACAUAACAGCUGUUUGUUUACUAAUAUCUCGACAGCGAUAUUAGUAAAACUUUAUUUACAGUGAUUACCACAAGCCCCAGUGAAAACUUAUUCUAUAUUCAGAUUAUAAAACAGCAAUGUCUCAUUCACCUCCAUCAACAUGGGGUAAUUUUUGAGAAAUUCACAUCGGACUUUAGAAUAAAGUGUUAGUGCCAGUGUUAUUGUGACGGAAGUAACAUAAAACCUCAGUCAUGUAUUCCAUGAACUAUAUCGGUAAAUUCAUUGCUCAGUUCUGCGAGUUCUAUAAUGAGAUCAACGGUGCGACCCUGACAGGUGCGAUUGACGUCGUGGUGGUAGAACAGCCAGACGGAAGCUUCACCUGUUCCCCGUUCCAUGUGCGGUUCGGAAAACUCGGUGUGCUAAGAUCGAGAUUCAAAGUUGUCGAUUUGGAGUUGAACGGCGAGCCGCUACAGAUUCACAUGAAAUUGGGUGAAUCUGGCGAGGCGUUCUUCGUAGAGGAAGUCGGGGAGGAUGAGGCUGAGUGUUCCGCACAUCUGGCUACAUCACCCAUACCGGCUACCAGAUUCGAUGAACUAUACGAGCCGCGACGCAGGAACUCGCUGUCAGCUGUGGAACCAGACCAUGGACAGGCUUCAGAUUAUACAAAGAGAAGAUACACCGCCGACGGGAAAUCCAUGCAAAAACCGGACUUAAAUAAACUUGCCAAAAAAAGAGAAGACAAAAAUAAUCAUGACGAUCAUGAUAAUGAGGCUUUGUUUGAAAUGGAUGGCUUGAAUGAUGGAUCAGCUGACUGGACAGACUCGAAACCAAAGACAUUCUCGGCCACUAAGCUCGGCUCAGCCGAGAGCGAGGCCAGCCAAACCGUUCAGAAGAUAAGUGAACACAACGACUUCAGACCCAUAGACGCCAUGCCUAAUCCAGAAGAAGUCAAGCCGAACGGCAACGGCAAGAAGAAAAAGAAGACGAGGAAGGCCAAUUCAAAGAAGAAACACCAAAGAAAGUCAUCGACUAGCUCCAUAUCUAGUCAAUCAGAUCUCACCGGGACCGAGCAGAGGUCACGUGUUAUCACAACAGAUAUAAAUUUCUUCAGUGACAGCGAAGUGGCAGCGAGCGCUCUAAGCGAAGAGAUGUCCAACUUCAAGCUGAAUGGUGACAAUCGUAUCCCGCUAGCGUUGUCGGACACGGCCUUCGAGGUCCACGCAGCAUCCAGACACUCUAAGGGAUCCCGACAUGGAUCGCCGGUUCAAUCUGAUACGGAGGUGGAAUUGGCACGAGCUGCUAACGACGAUAAGUCAUCACAGUCGUGGAGGUGGGGUGAACUGCCGGAGCCUCCAGUGAGAGGGGCUCAGGCUGCGGAGUCCCCUGCCUCCCCCGCCUCUCCAGCUUCCCCCGCCGAGCCCUCCUCGCCAGCGGAACCUCUCAGCUCGGACGAAGAAAGAACAGGACGUCGCGGAGUGCUGAGCGACAUGUUCAGAUUCAUGUCGACCAGAGAGGACGCCGUCCCCGAAGGCGUCUAUUUAGAUGAUUUGGACCGUGGCCAGGUCGACCCGGACCUUUACUUCCCGAAACAUCACGCUGAGCGUUACCGAUCGGGUGUGGCGGCGGCCGGACCUACCGAGGAGGAGUACGAGUCCGGCAACGGUCCGUCCUUACCGCAGUCACCGAACUCACCAGCCUCCAUGGACGCACCCGCGCUGGACUCGGAUGACGAUGAGAAAUUGCUUGCCAAAGGUCAGGUGUCUGUGAUGGCUCGUGAUGGCGCUGUGUGCCGCUCACUGAGCUACGAGGAGUUCUGUGUGAAUGGCGCUGAGCUAGCAAGCGCUGGCAGGCUGGAGGUCCGUCUUGGGACUAGACGAUUGCCGUGGCGCAGCGCUGGACCGCUAUUGCUGUCGUUGUUGGCGUACAGACGACCGCUGCCCAAUCGUGUACUGGAGGAACUAGAGAAGGGUCAGAAGGAGGAGUCCGCCAUCAGAACGGAUGAGGUGAAGCCGAGGAGUUACUGGUGGAGCUGGAGACGAUCCAACGACAAGAGUAGAUCAGAAUCGUCUCAGAACAAGGACGAAGAACUGAAAGAUUCGUCCAUACAACAAACCGAGACCCUAAAAAUUGAAGCAACCGAUAUUGAUGAGGUGGACCAUCAGUGGAGCGAAGAGAAGACGGAACCCAAGGAGGAGACACCGAUCGAUGAUGAACCGAUGCCUGAAAUCAUCACGGAACCAUUGGAAACCACGCCCGUGUUGCCGAAAGUGUCAAUAUCGCCGAGCCAGCCAGAGCACAGCUCGUCGGAGUCGGAGACGGAAGGACGAACGGCCACGAGGAGACCUUCUUCCUUCAGGAAGACACUCCGAUUGUCUUCGGAUCAGAUCAAAAACCUGAACCUCCGCGAGGGUAUGAACGAGAUGGUGUUCAGUGUGACCACCGCCUACCAGGGCACUACCAAGUGUAAAUGCAACGUGUUCCGCUGGAGAUACGACGACAAGAUCGUCAUAUCAGACAUAGACGGCACCAUCACCAAGUCGGAUGUUCUGGGACAUAUCUUCCCACUGGUGGGCAAAGACUGGGCUCAGUCGGGCGUCGCACAACUAUUCACUAAGAUCAAAAACAACGGAUACCAGUUAUUGUACCUCUCGGCGAGGGCCAUCGGACAGGCCAAGGUAACUCGCGAAUAUCUUCGUUCGAUCCGUCAGGGCGAGUUGUGUCUGCCGGACGGACCACUUUUGUUGAACCCCACAUCGCUGCUGCGCGCCUUCCACAGGGAGGUCAUCGAGAAAAAACCGGAAGAGUUUAAGAUACAGUGUCUGGCUGACAUCAAAGCGUUAUUCCCCGCUGGCUCUAAUCCCUUCUAUGCGGGUUACGGAAAUAGAGUCAACGACGUCUGCGCUUACCAGGCUGUCGGCAUUCCUAUCGUGAGAAUAUUCACAAUAAACUACAAGGGUGAACUCAAACACGAGUUGACUCAGACAUUCCAAUCGACGUACUCCCACAUGUCUGUGCUAGUGGACCAGGUGUUCCCGCCCGCGCUUUGUGAACCCAGCGAUGAAUUCUCUCAGAGCGUCUUCUGGCGCGAACCGCUGCCCACUGUUGAACUUCCCGCCGCCGUGCUACCACCGACAAAACAUUAGUUCGCCAAUCUUAUGCCGCUAUAAAAAUAGCCCACCAAAAUCAACCAAUAGCAUACCGCCUUUGAAAUCUUAUUUACCAAUCGUGUCCCGUCACUUGAAUGACUGUAUGGUUUUAGUGUAAUGGCGGUAAAUAUUUUAAAGGACCUAAUAAUUUACAGAUAUUUAGUAUAAUGCUUAACUCAAUUUGUCUCGUUUAUCCUGUAAUGUAAUGCUAACGUGUAGUUUGAAUUUAUAUCAAUAAGUCUCACUAUCGCCAUAUGCAAUACACCAUUAUUUUUUUUGUAGAAAAGAUUAUUUGAUAAAUUUCAAAAUCUAAGCUCAUUUUAGAUAAGCAAUUGCAUUUGUUUUUUCUUUAUAUUAUGGUGUAGUGUCUUAUACGUAAAGUUUUAAAAAUUAAGUAGUUGGGUGUGCGAAAUGUGUGUAAUGAGAAAAAAAAAAACAAUCAAUUUGAAUACAGCUUUUGUAAUACUCAAGGCUUUGACUAUAACACUUUUAACUUACAUGUACCUUUCAAUAAUAUUAGUAUCAUAAAACCAACCAAAAAAUAUGUAUAGGUAGUCAGUCCGAAGUGGAAUCUCAGUAUGGAAUUCCUUCAAGUAGUGUACCAAUGACAGGAAAACCACUAGCGUAAAAAUUAUUUUAUUUGCUGUCAGACACUACAUUUCGUUGUGCUUGUUUUUUAAAGCGUAUGCUAGGAUUCAGCUCAAAACAAAUCACAUGUAAUGAUGUAUUAUGUACUUUAAAUUUUGCUUCCCAUGUGUAUGUUAGUUACCGUCAUAGUGGAACGUUAAUUUGAUUUUAGUUAAAAUCUGUUCUAUUUGUUAAUAUUUCAUUGUUUCAGCAAAUAUAAUGUGACAAAUCCUUUUUAAUGCUGUGAUAUUUGGUGAUCUCAGCUUCAGAUUUUUCACCACCAUUUUUUUUUUUACAUUUUCACAAGGUAAUAUACUAAAAUUUUCAAUUUGUCAAGUCAUAUUUUUUGUAACAUGUAUUGGGAAAUACGUGAAUUUGAAUUUGGAAUGGUAAUAAAUAUUAGUAGGUGCAGUGAUGAGUUGUGUUUUUCAGUUUCAAUUAACUUAGGAAUUGUUGAGAGUAAAUCUGUGAUGUGUGGAAAAGCGAUGCUUUACUUUUGUACUGUGAUUAUCGGUUUAUUAUUAUGUAAGUUACUUUGUGUUAAAAAUACACAUUUACAUUAUUGCAUAUAUUUUGUCUGGGAAAGGCUUGGCCUUUGUGAAACGAUAGUUUAUUUUUGUAUAAAUUUAAUUUAAUUAUAAUGUUAUUGGUCUAGAAUAUUUUUUUUUUUAUUUAAGACAUAGAAUUAAAUUUACAAAACGUUUUCUGAUUUAUCUUACUUGAUUUGGUAUGUAACUAUGUUUAUUAAAAAAUAAUUUAUUUCCACUGUGAUUAUUAAAUAUAUUGCUAAAUGUGA